AUGUGGACUCAUGGGACCGCUACGCCUACCGGCACCUCUAUUCAUUGUGAUACUAACCAGCUAACUCAAAACCAUCUUGCUCCAGUAGCCAGUGAGGGCUUUGGUGUGAAUUAUCCAGAUACUCGUUGCAUUGUAGUCAGCAAACAUGAACAGCGUCAACCGUAUGACCAUAAAAGGGAUCGUGAUUUGAUUGAGUUGCGUGGUCGUUGUGCACAGUUGGAAAAGACAGUUCGCUGGUGGUCAGACUGUACUACAAACUGGCGUGAAAAGUGGUCUUGCGUUCGUGAUGAGCGAAAUCAGCUAAGAGAGGAAUUGCGUAGAACAAAGUUGGCACUGAUUGCUCUGCAACGACAAAACGAGGAGCUCAUUCACCGCCUAGAUCAGCUUUCUACUGGCUCGAAGUUUGUUGAUCAACCGCUUGUAGAAUCUGGUCGAUCGAUUCCUGAAACCUUUGAAUCUCUGAAUAAGCCGAAUGAGGAGGUCUUGAAACGCGAGAACUGUGAGCUUAAAGAACGAUUGGCAGAGAUGACUCGCCGCUUGGCGUCGGCAGCUGAACACUCUCGUCAAGAUCGUCGGAGUCGAUCGUCGGGGGCCUCCUCGUGUUGUCACUCUUCAGCUUCUCGCAGUGCCUCUUCCUCCCCAUUCUCUGCUGGCUCCGCCUCCACUUCCGUCUCCGGCACUGCCUCUUCCCGAGCCAGCAACAUUUCACCGCUCCCCACUCGAGGUAGUGUACCAAUGAAUUAA